AUGCCGACGCCGGAGCUGCACGUGGGAUCCAAGGUGCGCGCACGCUUCGGCGCGACAGAGCACGGCGCGGUCGGCACCAAGUUCUUCCCAGGAACGGUCACAAAGCUGUAUGGAGACGGCAGGGUGGACAUCAUGUAUGACGACGGAGACGAGGAGGAGGGCGUGGAUCCCAAGUGGAUCAAAGACCACCAGACGCCCAAGGGCGGGGCCGGAGCUCGGGCCGAGUCGACUGGCGGCAAGUCAAAGUCGCCCGCCGAGGAAGCGCCGAAAAAGCGGCAGCGCACAGGCACUUCUUCCGCGAGCGACGCGAGCAGCCCUGAGGGCGCCGACGCCGACGCCGCGCGCCCCAGCGCCGUCAAGGCGGAGCCGCCGAAGCAGGUGUCGGCACCACGGGCGGCUCCGCCGUCGCCGCCGCCGCCUGCACGGGAGCCGCCCGCCGCAGUGCCACCGGCGGCGCUUCCAUUGCAGGCCGCGCCGGCCGCGGGAAGGCGGGCGCCGCCGACCCUGCCCGUGUGCGAGCCGGGGGACCAGCCGGGGUGGUAUCGAAUCACCAAGCAUUGCGUCAUCGCGUCGGGCCAGCUGGACGCCCCGGAGCCGGGCGCAAAGUUCCGGGCGGAGCUGCCAGAGUGCAGGCACAAGGUGACCCUGACCUGGCCGCGCCAGACGCCGGCGCCUUCCGUCUUCAAGUUCAAGCUCGCGGAGUGCUCCAGGUGCAAGUCUGGGAGGCGUGGCCAUCCCCCGGCGCACUUGGGGGAGCUUUGA